UCAUAGUAUGCAUUUAUGUUAUGUAUAUGCUGUAAAAUAAAACAUAUUAUUAUCAUUAAGGGGUUUUUGUCCUCUUUAAAAACACCAGGGAGCUUUUUUUCUACCCUGAAAAAUACACCAGGUGGCUUUUGUCUACUCGUCAGGGAGUUUCUGACCACCUUGAAAAACAACAACAACAACAACAACAACAACAAAAAAACAAAACAACAACAACAAAACAGGGAGCUUUUAUCCAAAUGACCAUUUUUAGACCAGGUGGCUGUUGUCCAAGGGGCUUUCGUCAUACAUUCCUUGCGGAAUGUUGCGGAGAACAGGUUAGUACUGGUAAAAAAAGGAACAUUGGCUAGGUUUACCAUGAAUGCGAUACAACAGUCGAUUUUGUGACAAGACACAGGACAUUGCGACGCGACAUAAGACAACUGAAUACAGGAAUGAUCAUGACGCGUUACACUGUCGUAUGUCACCUCUGUAUCAAGAAAUGUCGCGGUAAAUAUCGAAUUUUACGUCCUGAUGUAGCGUGUCGCGUCUCAAUAUAGUGUUGUAUCAUGUUUCACCCAGUACUCACUCGGCACGAAACACUACAGUGCGACGCGACAUAUAACAUAACGAUGAGAAAUUAACACCCCAUUUUAUAGUGCAAAUGUCGUGGAAUUGCCGUUUAAAUUGUUACAUUGUUCAGUUAUCUAAAACACGUCACAAAACAUACAAAGCGAAACACGACAUUAUACUGACAUUAUACUGAGCAAUUUAGUGUGUUGUUAAACAACCACACGGUGAAUUUAUAAAAUGUACAAGCUCAGCAUCUGCAUUGUAAUAUGUAUUACACAACAUUUCACCGUACACCCAGUUGAUAUAGACUAUGAAACAGAAAAUCAAAUAAAGAACUCACAAAAUGUUAGUGAUAUACUUCCAAACGAGAGAAACACCAAGUAUACUAAUAUUCCAAAUAUCGUCAGGAAAGAUAUGCAAAUACAUCGAUGUUCGGGAAUCUUAAAUCAGGCUACUGCGAAAAGAAGUAGCAAUGCUACAAUGCUACUGAAUAGAAGAGAAAAAACAUAUGCUGACACUGUUAAAACCAAAAUUACUGGAGAAGUCAAUAGGAAAGCUCGUUAUGAAAUCCGGCAGAAAAUAAUGAUUAUAAAAUUGCAAAUAAUGUAACAAUGAGCACAAAAUGAAAUGCAUCAAAAAAUAAAUCAAAUAAAAUUAUGAAUAUGUAAACCAAAAAAAAAAAAAAAAAAAAAAAAAGACCCAUAAAACACUCACGAUAAACCAGAAAGUAAAUAUUUUCGCCAACUUUGACAAGUGUUUGAUAUUAAGAGGAUUUCUCUAAAUCAAGGUCAGAGUAAAAAAUGACAAGCCAGAUAAACAGUCGAGAGAUCGUAUAUCCAGAAGUGACAGCCCAUGUUCAAUUUGUGACAAAAACAAUCGUACAACAUAAGAAUGUAGGUUCCGCAUGAAACGGUUCAGUGGAAGAUUUUAUACUUGCAUACUGUAAAAUCAGGUAAAUAAGCGUAUACGCUUAUAAUAAUUUUAGUGACACUUUUACGCGCCUAUUUUUGAUAUGCGCUUAUACUUAAGCCAAAACUAUGCGCUUAUAUUUGAUAUGCGCUUAUAGACAAGCCGUGUGCGCCUAUUUUUGAUAUAUUAGGAAAAUUGACAGUGCUUGGUAGAGAAAACGAAAGUAAAACAUGGUCAUGGACGUGCGCCGUGAACUACUUCCUUUAAUUACAUACAGUAUUUAUACAUAAUGAAAGCAUAAUGAUCAUACAUAAUUUGCAAAUAAUGCUCAAUCUCUCGAACCAUUCAAUCAUUGUUCAACACGAAGAUUGUAACAUUUUAUCCAUAUUGUUUUCACAGAUUUAAAAAAAAACUGACAAACUGAACAUUAUGACAACGAAAACAUUUUCUAUUCAAAAAGCAUGAUUAUCGUAAACAAUUAUCGUUUUAUCAGACAAUAGACGUUAAAAUCUUUUGACAUACAUCGGCUAUUCAACAGACUUUUGGUGAAGCAAAUUCAUAUCAGACAAAUGGGUGGUGCUCAGUCUACACAGAAGAUGGCAACGGAAGACAUCCUAAUGUUUUUGGAGGAAGAAGUGAAAAAAUGGGGUGGCAGCUUAAAAAAUCUUAAACAAUGUUGGAAGAAUAAAGAGAGUUGGGUACCUGAAGUUCUGAGACAACAGAUUGAAGAAACAGAGACCAGAUGGCUUAAUAUCAAGUCAAUAACACCAACCUUUGGGGAAAAUGACGGCCGAAUGAAGUAUCCCGAAACUGCCAUGCAGUUAGCACGUUGUUGUCAAGAUGUUCAAAGAAGAACAGAGGCUGAAAUGAAUCAAUUACAGAAAAACAAUGAAACGUUACUUCGAAAUAAACAGAAGACCGAACGUGAACUGGAAUACCUGAAACAAAGAACGACAGCAAAGCAAUACAAGGAUCAACUUGCUACGUCAAAGCCGGGCAUAGAGGGAAACGGAAAAUAUGAUAACACCGUGUUGAAGGAUAGAAUGUUUCCAGUUGAUAAAUUGCUUGAUAGAAAGACUGAUAUGGAAGAAGAAUUUAAAAAAGAAAAGGCACAAUUACAGAAAGAGAUUGAGGAAUUAACCGCAAAAAACAACAGCGUUAAAGAUUAUCAAACUCUGAGUCAUGAAAAGUUUGUUAAAAGAAUGCUUGAUGUGGAAGAGAAAUUUGUAAAAGAAAAGGCCGAACUGCAGACAGAGAAUGAGAAAUUGGUCGCACAGAAAUACAGCCUUGAAGAACGUAUCGAACAUCUAGAAAAAUCAAAUUUUGACUCGCUGGCAAGACUAAGUGAAGUUGCUGCAGACGGGCAUGUGGACAGCAGCUCUGCAUUGACCGAUCUUAGAGUCCGAAAUCAACCUACAAAGAUUGGAGAAAUGUACACCGAUAUUUACGACAAUGAAUGGAUCGAUGCAUUUGAUGCACUAAUGGAGGAUGACCAUAAAGAAGAGGCAGCAGUUGAAAUUUUAAGAUUAAUGUUGGAGGACGUACUCGAGUUCUGUGAGUGUGAAGUUCGACCAUUUGUAGGGAAAACAGCGGUAGAAUUACAAAGAAUACUGGGGCAAUACAGGACAUCAGAAAGGUUAGUGCAGAUUUUAGAAGCAAAGACAGGACCGAAGGAGGUAGACAGAGUGGAAACAUGUGAUAUGGUACCAGGAAGAAAGAAACAAGUCCAUGAAAGAAACAGCAAACUAGAGACCAUAAGGAAGGAAAUAGGAGCAAGUUUAGCUUCUUUUGCACAGAAGGAAUUUCGUGAAGCAACGUUCGGAAUUGAAUACAUAAAUAAUUUGAAACCAUUCGUCGUGAAGUGUUUGCGUAUUGGUUGGAUGAUGGUUACUCAGACGCCUCCUAUGGUUCUGCAUGAAUGCCCGAUUGAUGCAGAUUCGAAGUUCGAUAAUAAUGUAUAUAAAGUGUUUACAAGAUCAGGUCCCUUGGUUGACUAUGUGGUUUGGCCAGCUUUAUUACUUCACGAGAAUGGUCCUAUCAUAGCGAAAGGUGUUGCCGAAGGGAAGAAAAAUCUUGACAAAGAUUGGCAUAAAAAGCUUUAUCUUCAAAGAUGACUUCCACAAGUGUUUUAUUAUAACAUUAGUAUGAUUCACGAGUAUAGCAAAUCAAAUUACCAAAUUAAACCAUAAAUCCAACAUUUAGCAGUUAUGUUUUUCAGGUCUUGGGCAUUUUGUCUUCCAGCUUUCUCCCAAGGCUGACGCGUCUGGUUUUCCUCUGGCUGCUUCAAAGUCUUUCUUCGUUUCUCUCGUUUUGUUUAUCAGUACAAAGUGUUUCGACAUAUUGAUAAACACUGGCGAAAUAAAGCAUUUACAAAACUAAAGAAAAACGUAAUAAACUAUAAAACAGUCUUUUAAAAUGUACACAAACAUGCCGAUCAAUUUCAUCGCAAUGUUUGAUAUAUACGUGCCUAAAUCACUUUUCAUUAUAUUAAUACAAUAUCUUGAGGACAAUAAUUCUCACUGAUGACAAUCAAUAAGCUGAUCAUUCGAUUGCAUUGCAAAACGUCAUCUGUUAACAUGUGGUAACAUUUUAUAUGAAAUAAGUCCAUUUCAUAUAAAGUAUAGAAUCAUU